CAAACUCUAAACUGUUUUGUUUAUUUUGUUGCAAAAUGCGUGUUUUUUGUUAGAAAAAAAAUGCAAGAAAAUUCAGAAAAUCCACAAGAAUUUGUGGAAAACACCUCAAUGACUGGAGAAGGGAUCCCUGAAGCUCCCACGCCGGAAUAUUUGCAGAGAAAAUUGUAUUUUCUCCUAGAACAUCUCAAAUCCUUUCAUGCAGAACUUCCUGAGACUUACCAAAUGAGAAUCCCUUAUGAAUUACUCACAGGAUUAGCAAAUUCCCUGCUAAAUGACACAAUCUUUGAAAUAGUUAAGGGAUUGAUGGAGAUUCAACAUGUGACGGAGAAGCACCUGGAGCAGUUACGGCAGCAGGUGGAGACUGAGCAUAACAUCGAAGUGCAGGAGUGGAUGUCAAAGAUUCACGAUGAGGAGGAAUUGGCGCAUAUUCUCAGCUUAAUGAAGAUUAAGCACAACCAGAAGAUGAAUGAGACUGACAUCAAAUUAGUUUUGCACCUCGAUCAGAAAGUUAAGGAUCAGCAGUCGACGCUGGAAAGGGCCGGCGUUCCAGGAUUCUACGUCACUGAUAACCCGAAGGAUAUUAAGAUACAAAUGCAUCUGCUGGAUUUCAUCCUGAGACUCAGUAAUAUGAAGUUUGAAUCUAAAUAAAUUCCGGAUUAUUAAUUUUUCUAUUUUGAAAA